AUGUCUCUAUCAGCAGCUGCGGCUAAAAUAUCAGACAGUGAUUUCCAAAGUAUAGGUCCCGCACCUAGGCCACCUGUGAGUGCCGGAGGGGCAGCCUUCAACAAGACACAGCCCAUCACCAGGUACAUGAGCCAGCUCGAUCUCAAUAGCGGACGCGCAAAUCGAUCUAAUAGCAAUGUCAGGAGGAAAUCGGGUUGGGUUUCAUACAAAGAUGAUGGUUUGCUGUCGUUUCUGUGGCAAAAAAGAUUCAUGGUGCUAAAUGAUUCGGCGUUAACAUUAUACAAGAACGAGAAAGUUACUGAGGAUCCCGUCUUGAAGAUUCCUCUGACUGUUAUCGUCAGUGUCAGCAAGAACCAGUUGAAACAGUACUGCUUUGAGCUGACCCGUGUAUCAGAAAGAAACUCGAGCAAUGGUGGCCAAUCUGGUAAUACCGAUUCCAUGGCUAAGAAGACCAUAUAUAUCGCAACGAAAACAGAGACCGAUCUCAUCUCAUGGUUGGAUUCGAUCUUCGCUAAAUGUCCUCUAUUAAGUGGAGUAUCUUCUCCAACAAAUUUUACUCAUAAAGUGCAUGUAGGGUUUGAUCCAGAGACCGGAAGCUUUGUUGGUAUGCCAACAAACUGGGAAAAACUGUUGAAGCACUCUAGAAUCACCGGCGAGGACUGGAAUAAUGACUCUGCAGCUGUUAUUCAAGUUUUAAACUUUUAUCAAGAAUAUAAUAAUGGUGAAGGUUCCACGUAUGGCGCUGGAAGCACUACAUCGGUCUCUUCUGGGAGUACUAACAGCUCACAGAUCAAUUUGUUAAAGGACACCAACACAUCUACUAAUUCUAGUGAUAAGGUAUCUCCAAUAUCACAAGCUAAUUCUAUGGUCCCUCAAAGAAGAGCUCCUUCACCUCCAAAGCAAUCAUCUACAGUUAAUUCCGUUAAUUCUGUGAAUGUAGUUCCUAGUCAAAAUUCUUCUCAACAAGCGAUUAAUAUGCCAAACAGGUCCAAUACCCCAAUUAGGCAGGGUAGCUCCCCAUACCAAAACAAUAUAUCCUCGAAGAACAACAUGGCACCAAGAAUGCAAGCGCCAUCUCCAGCAGGUGGAAACAAAAUUCAAAACUCACUUCCAAAACUUGCUACUCAUAAUAAUUACAAUCAACAACAAGGUUUUGUUAAUAAGUAUCCUUCUCCAGGUUCUUCUCCAGGUUCUUCUCAGCCACCUUCGCCGAUUAAUGGCUACAGACCACAUCAUAAUAUGAGUAAUCCAUACGCAAACAAGGGACCCGGGUCUCCUUUAAAUGCAAGGCCCAAUCAGCAAACAACUAUACAAAACCAAGUACCUUUCAAUCAAAGAAAUGGUUCACAACAGCAAAGUAACUAUCCAAUGAAAGUGUAUCCCACGAUACCUGUAUUAAAGCAGCCACAACAAGGAGGAGGAUAUCCGAAUCAGAAUGUGAUCCAAAAUCAAACUAGUGUUAAUGCAGCUAAUAUGGCUAUGCGUCAACAACAGCAGCAGCAGAAUAAAAUAAAUCAGAACAACCCACCAGCCGCAUUACAGCCGGUGAGACAAGCACCAAAGAAGCCAGCUGGAGUAUCAAAGGAUGGGGCUGAAAAAGCAAAGAAGACAUCUAAACCAACAAUGUCAAACGCAGAAAUAAUGAGUAAAUUAAAGCAGGUAACACUUGAUGCCGAUCCUUCUACGUUAUUUAAAAUGAUUGAAAAGGCUGGGCAAGGUGCAAGUGGUUCCGUAUAUCUAGCAGAGAGAACAGAAAUUAUUGAAGCUGACGGUCCUCAACAUCAAAGAGGAGGUACUGAACACGAAGAUCCUCUAAUUGGUGAUAAGGUUGCAAUAAAACAGAUGGUAUUAUCCAAGCAACCCAGAAAAGAAUUAAUAGUGAAUGAAAUUAUGGUAAUGAAUGAUUCUCGUCACGAAAAUAUUGUUAACUUCUUGGAAGCAUAUCUAAAAACUGAAGAUGACUUAUGGGUUGUUAUGGAAUACAUGGAGGGUGGCUCAUUAACAGAUAUAAUCGAAAACAGUCCAACAAAUGGCAGCGCUUAUUCUCCAUUAUCUGAACCUCAGAUUGCAUAUAUUGUAAGAGAAACGUGUAAAGGUCUGAAAUUUUUGCAUGAUAAAAAUAUUAUUCAUAGAGACAUCAAAUCAGACAACGUUUUACUGGACACCAAAGCUCGUGUGAAGAUUACUGAUUUUGGGUUCUGUGCAAAGCUUACCGAUCAAAGAAGCAAAAGAGCAACAAUGGUUGGAACUCCUUAUUGGAUGGCUCCCGAAGUUGUCAAGCAGAAAGAGUAUGAUGCUAAGGUGGAUGUUUGGUCUUUAGGUAUUAUGGCAAUUGAGAUGCUGGAAGGAGAACCACCUUACUUAAAUGAAGAUCCUCUAAAAGCUCUUUACUUAAUUGCAACGAAUGGUACACCAAAAUUGAAGCACCCCCAGUCCUUAUCACUUGAGAUUAAAAGAUUUUUAAGUGUCUGUCUUUGUGUUGAUGUAAAGUAUAGGGCUUCGACAGAGGAAUUGUUGCACCACAGUUUCUUCAAUAUAGCAUGUGAGCCUGAGGACUUAACAUCACUUUUGGAGAACAAGAAGUAA